CUUAUCAUCGCUUUUGAAUUGUCGUCCAUUUUCCUACAUCCGUCCCGUUUCCAAGAGUUUUGAACGCCUCAUAUGAAACGGCCCUUGUCUCCCGGUCCUCACAAUUGGCUUGCUGUCCUUCUAUGGCGUAGGCCUAGCCCUCGAUCUCUUCGAAAUCGUAACGAUAUGCUUCGUAGUGGCUAGGCGAGGUGGUGAUCUCGGUCUUUUGGCUUGCCAUGUCGACACUUGAGGCUUGAUUUCCAAGUGACAGAACCAAAUUGUUGCUUUCACAUGGAGCGAGAAGUACCUUGAGAAGUCUUGUAUAAAGCUAGGCUCUGGGCCCACGAUUCUUCGAACCACCAAGAUACGCCAAAAAUUUCUUGUAUCUGAUUUCUUGGAGAAGAAUUGACUAUGGAUGCACCUGCAAGAUUCUCGUUCGAUCGAGGCUCUCCCAAGUCACCUACGUCCGAGACCAAGUACGACGAGAAGCAAUUUCGCGCCGGGACAACGUUUAUCUCUGAAGGUGUCGACGAUGAAUACUAUAAACCAAUCCCUACAUAUGAGGGCAUUCAUCGCUAUGAUCCAGCUUUCACUUGGGAACCAAAGGAGGAGAAGAAGGUCGUUCGAAAGAUCGACAAACGCAUCUGCACAUGGGUUUGCCUCAUGUUCUUUGCUUUGCAAUUAGAUCGUGGCAAUAUUGUCCAGGCGCUUUCCGAUAACAUGCUUGACGAUCUAAAACUCACGACUAACGACUACAAUUAUGGCCAAACGAUUUUCUACGUUUCCUUCCUGGCCGCCGAACUGCCAUCACAGCUGAUCUCCAAGAAGCUGGGGCCUGAUCGAUGGAUCCCUAUUCAAAUGGUAUCCUGGAGUUUGGUCGCUAGUAUGCAGGCGUUCCUCAGCGGACGCAGCUCCUUCUAUGCCUGCCGUGCAUUGCUUGGACUCAUUGAGGGUGGUUUCAUCCCUGACAAUAUUCUUUAUCUGAGCUACUGGUACACUGGUACAGAGCUGCCCAAGCGAUUGAGCUUUUUCUGGGUUUCGUACCAAGGAACCAACAUUGUCGCUGCUUUCCUCGCCUAUGGACUUCUUCGGUUACGCGGCGUCAAUGGCAUGGAAGGAUGGCGAUGGCUUUUCGCAAUUGAAGGAGCACUCACCGGAUUGAUUGGUGUUGUUUCAUACUUCUACAUGCCUCCAUCUCCGACCCAGACUGCCAGUAAAUUCCGUGGAAAGAACGGUUGGUUCAAUGAGCACGAGGAGAAAAUCAUGGUGAAUCGCAUUUUGCGAGAUGACCCCAGCAAAGGCGAUAUGCACAAUCGUCAAGCACUCUCUUUCGGGGCCAUUGGACGCUGCCUUAUGGACUACCACAUGUGGCCUCUGUACCUUGCCGGUCUUUCAUGGCUGAUCCCCAACAACCCUAUGCAGGCAUAUCUAACUCUUCAACUGAGAGCCGUCGGUUUCAACACCUUCCAAACCAAUCUUCUCACCAUCCCAGCCUACGUUCUCUUCAUUCUACAGUUGCUAUUCUGGACAUGGAUCUCCGAGAAAGUCAACGAGCGUUUCCUCGUCUCAUUGACCUCUCAACUGUGGUCACUGCCACUAUUGAUUGCACUUGCGGUGCUGCCUAAGACCACCAGUGCGUGGACCAAAUGGGCCUUGAGUUGCUUGCUGGUCGGCCAUCCUUACAUGCACGCCAUUCUUGUCGCACUCGGUAGCCGCAAUGCAGGAACGGUGCGAACUAGAACUGUUGCAUCUGCGCUAUACAAUAUGUCCGUCCAAGCAUCGUCUAUCAUCGCUAGUAAUAUCUACCGCACUGACGACAAACCCCUCUACCGCCGCGGUAACCGCGUCCUCAUCGGCAUCACUGUAUACAAUAUCUUCGUAUUUAUUGGGGCCAAAUUGUUCUACGUCCGCGUCAACAAGAAUAGAGACAAGAUCUGGAACGCAAUGUCCACGCAGGAGAAGCAGCACUAUCUCGCCACUACCACCGACAAGGGCAACAAGCGUUUGGAUUUCAGAUUUGCGCAUUAGACGGACUCGAGGUAGAUACAUGGUUACAUGGCAC